GAAAACUGUAGUGGGAGGGUGCUCGAAUGUAGUGUAUGAGGGCGGCGGCGAGUUGGGACGCGUCUUUGGAGAAACGAGGUGGUGGAGUUGACUCGGCGUAAACACACGUUUUCAUCCCCCUCGAAAAGGCAUCUGGAGAGUCGUCGGUCGUGUGCCCUGUCUCUGUGAACCGGUGGCGGAGGAGUCUCUGUGCGGUUUAGUUGACUCCCGGUGUGUUGGUGGUCGGAGCGUCCAUCCAAUGUGCGUAAAAGGGCUCUAUUUCUUCACCGUCCUGUGCGGACUCGCAGCUUCAGGCGUGCUGCAGGUCAGCGGGAUGCGUAUAUACACAUAUGGGGAAAUGGAGGCAGUCAACGGGACGGACGCUCGUCUCAAGUGCACAUUUCAGAGUUCCUCUCCUAUUAAUGCCAACACAAUUGUCAUCUCGUGGAGCUUUAGACCCCUCAAAAAAGGCAGAGAGGAAUCGGUGUUCCACUACCAGCAACGACCCUAUCCUCCUGUAGAGGGCAUUUUCAGGAAGCACGUCAUGUGGGCCGGUGACAUCAUGGGCCAAGACGCCUCCAUCAUAAUUCGAGAGGUCAAGUUCACCUACAACGGCACUUACAUCUGCCAGGUCAAGAAUCCGCCGGAUGUCCACGGAUCAGUUGGAGAGAUUCAUCUGCGUGUCGUCUCCACAGCCUCUUUCUCCCAACUUCUCCAUCUGGCUUUGGCCAUCGCGGGCGGCAUCACUGCAGUGGUCCUCCUCAUCGUCCUCAUCCUGUACUGCAGGAGGUGCAAGAAACGGAGACAGAGGCAGCCGGAGGGGAGCGAGGAAGCUCCCCGCAAAGAGAGAAAAGAUCCCACUGUGUGCCACCCAUCGAGGUCCAUACACCUUUACAUGUCAGAGACGUCCUUAGAGAUUGACAGCUCAGAUGGCAUGAUCUCAGAGGCCAGCACCAAAGACCCAAGCUCCUCAGAGGAGGAGGGCCCGAGCUCAGACGACGACGACGGUGGCGAUGACUCCGACUGAGGAAGUGGCGACACAGACAGCAACACUGAUGUGAAGAUAGCCAGUAAGCUCGCUGGAGGGAAGCCCAGAUGGCACCCUUGGAUUUAAUUCCAGGGUUCUGCUGAGUUGAGGCCAAAUGAAGAGAGUGCUGCUGCUGCAGUGUCAGAGACAAGCACUUUGUUUCUGAUUUGGAGGAAAAUGGAAAGAAGGUUCUGUUUAAAAGUUUCCAAACAAAGAAAUUGGAGGGAUGGUUUUGAUAAUGAUCAAGGCUUUUGGAGCAAGAUCAAAACUACGGCAACUCUGCUAUAGAGAGAGUCCAAAAAUAUUUAUGUGGGGGAAAACAUGCUGGAUAAAACCAGCAGGGUUUAUGAAGUGAGAGGCGUUAUGAUCCUGAAGCUGGUGCGGCCACUGUCAUGAAGGAGAAAGGAGUCCAUCUGUGUUCAAUAACUGUUUGUUCUUCUAGACGGUGACCUUGUUAAGUGUCAGAAGUCAAUAUAGAAAUCAGUUGCAACAGGCAAUGGAUUUCACCCAAAAUUCCUGGCAUGGAAGUACUGUAGCCUGAGGACAGUGUUGGCUGCUGUUACAGCCCUUUAUAUUUAAAUGGGCGUCUAUAAUGUUUGGGGCACAUUUAUAAGUGUGAGUGUGUAAAUUAGACACCUAGCAUAAAAAUGUGUAUUUGUCCACUAAAUUAUUGGGCGGCCCACUAGCAGUGGCUACAAUGCAAUCUUAAGGGGCAACUGCGGCAGUUCAUGAAAUGUCCACUCAAAGUGCAUUGUUCAAUAAUGAAAUGCUCAGAUUGUUAUUCUGGGAAGAGUCUGGCAACAUUACACAAAGAAAGAGAAGUCACUGUGAACCGUGCAGCAGCUAAUUGUCCCUCCUCUGUUUGUUGCCCCCAUUUAUUGAUGAAAAAAGCACUUUUAUUGGACAUUUCGUGGACUGUCGCAGUUGCCCCAUAAGAUUACUGGAGUCGAUCUACUGGAAGGAUUCCAAACGUUUUUGUAAGUGCAAUUUUUUUUACACACAUUUAUGAUCCAGGUUGAAAAAUAAUGGAAUUCCCCAGUAAUAGACUAAGACAAGGCAAAGGAGUUUUUAAAAUCAGCGUUGUCCUCCGCAGGCAAAGGGCCUUACAAAACUUCCCAUCAGAUGACUUGGACUAAAAAAGCAUUCAUAUAAUGUUUCAUAUAUUUAGCCUGGAGGCCCAAAUGCCUGAUCGGUGCGUGACAAAAACGCAUGUACGCAAAUAUGUUGUGUCGUGUUGAGUUGCGUUUGGGAGUGCACAGUCAGAUCUGAAAACCCUUUGAUUGCAAAACGUCCUUGAGAGCCUUUUUCCUCACCGUGCAUCUGUGAAUGCAUCACGUCUACUAACAAAUGAUUGUAACUGUCUUCUUUUUGUGACAGAAUUUUGUACUUGUGACCUUAUACUGAGCAAUAUGUUUGUAGAUUUUUCUCUUCUUCCUAUUUUUAUAGAUAAUACCAGAAGUAUUUUGUACUGUUUUUUUUAUGACACUGUUUGUUUUAGAGAUUUUAUAAAAACAAGGUUUUCUAAUAAAAAUGCCUUUAAAUCCUC